AUCGACGUGCGAACGAACGAGGGAGCGAGCACAGGCGCGCUCGCACGUUCGCGAGAGUGGGAGAUACGAAGGUAUAAAACCGAUCUGGUGGACUGGUACCAGCCAGUCCAAAGGCCAGAUGCGGCGACGGCUCUAGUCGCGCGCGUGCGAGAGAGACGGAUCACGGUGCUCGGCGUGCGGUACUCAUAAUUUAACAGGCGCGCACACAGAUGCAAAACGCGCGUACACGCGCACGUUAUAUUCAUGCGACACUGACCAGCGCAUCGCUGGUUAUCCCUCGAUGGUGAUUCCGUGCAGGAUUUUCGCGAAAGGGUCGAAACCGAGUUCGAAGGGAAAUUCAAAGGGAAAUUAAUUUAACGAGACGGCGAGGUACCUGUCCUGUUCCGAACGAAAAGAAAGGACAACGAGCUCCGACUCGAUCCUAUCUGUCUUGGAGAACACGAUAUGUACCCUAGGAUACGCGCUUAGUAUCGACCUCUCCCUCUUAAAUAUCGAAAGGAGGAUUUCGAAUUAAACGCCGAUAGUCGCGCACGGAGCAUCCGCGUGAAAAAUCGAUCGAUCGUUUUUCGCGAUUCGUUUUUCGAGGGUGACUGAUAGUGGUUUCUUGUGAAAUUUGUGAAUUUAAACACAAAAAACGAUCACCAGCCGUUGCGACAAGGAGUGGUGAUCACAUCGACGAGGUAACAGACUCCCGGAUAAUAUCCGAUGAGGAUUCAAGAGGCAUCAUCGAUCUUCAACGACAAUCUGGGAGAGAGUGUUCCGUCAGAGCGAUUUCGCGAAGGAUCGACGCCCCGUAGCAUGUCGGCAAUUCGUAUCAACGUAGAGGAGGCAUCCAACAACGGCCGCGAGGAUUUCGUUAGAAACAUCGAGACGACAGCGGUGGCGACAACUACGGCGGUAGCUGCUGCCAGUCCGCUUUCCUGGCACAUCCCAAGGCCGUCCUUGGUCGGGCGCAGCGAGAGAGACAGUGAAAAUGGAAGCUGGGCUCAUCACUUGCAUCCAAACUCCCCUUCGAGAGGGUCGACGUCGUCUCAAGGAUCCACCGCCAGUACACAUAGCGCCGCGUCUGGAACGUUGCUACUCACAGCCGCGAAUCUGGCGAAUCUCGCCGCCAUACAUCCACCCACGGUGAUGACACCAAAGCAGAUUGAUACCGCCUCGGUGGCCAGCAGCACUCAUUUUACGGUCGUAAACGGUCUCGGCAGACCGACCACUGUCUACAGGAAGUCUUGGUGCGCGCGAAAUCAGCUCACCGUGCUCGUGUGCACUAUGAGCUUUCUGUUCAUGGUCGGUUUGCUUGCCGGGAUCCUUUACAUGGAAAUGAGGGCUCGCGACAAGUACAACUAGGCCGAGGGUGACGGGAGGAAAAAAAGGCGACAACACGUGACCAUGAACGAUGAUCAUCUUGAUAGAAAAAGGCAAUGAAGAAAUAGAAUUGGCGAAGAUCGCAGUGGAAAGAAUGAAGUCGAGAAUAUUGUUUCCGUAGAACCGAGAGAGAAAGAGGACACGCGUUUCAUUCAAUCACGAUAUUAAUUUGAUUUACUCGUAUUUAUAUUUACCUUAUUAAACCGUUCAGAUCGCUCUCAGUUAGCAGACGUUCUCGGCGACGGUUCAAUUUUUAAGUAUAUAUAUAUAUAUAUACAUAUAUAUAUAUAUAUACUGUAUUACACCGUAACAAGUGUGGUACGUGAAAACCAGUAAUUACAUUUGUGUAAUAAACAACGUAUAUUGUUAAGAGAUUAACGAGAUCCUCGAGUUGGGAUAGUCUUGCUGUAUUUAUAUAGAAACUAACGAUUUCUUCGAUUCGUAUCGCGGGACACGAUUCGACGAAUAUUGUAAUAUUUUAUAUUAAUUGACCCCUUACCGCUAAUGCGUGUUAUUUAGAGCACAAGCAACUUUCUCUAAAAUUUCUUCACCAUUUUAUACAUGAUUAUGACACUUUCUGCACAUAUAUAUUUUUUCGCAUAAGAUAUAUGUGGUAAGGGGUUACGGACGACAGUGAUACAUGAUGCGGUUCGUGAUUGCUCCAAAUAAAAUGUAUUUUUAGCGCAACGACGCUUCUCUUCCUUGGUUCUCAACUGAUUUAUUGUUCAUUGUAAAUCGCGUCAAUAUUAUCGAGAGCUGAUGAAGAGAGAAAGAGUACGAAAAGCAUAAUGUCACCAAUCCUGAUCGUCUAAUAAAAUUUCAAAUCUGAUCGCAUUUUAAUAAUGAAAACCGACAGACAGUUUGGAUGCAAUCGACGAGAUGGAACCAAGAUAGCGAAUAUCUAUUUAGGACCCCGCGUAACUUAAUUCUCACUAACACAAAUUGCCUUAAAAUAAACUUUGAUUUCCAUCGGCAUGUUAUUCCAGAGAUAAAUGGAAUAUUUCAAACAUAAAUGGAAAAGUAAUGAGGGGCAGUUGUGUCGAUCCCUUUUCGCGUCUGUGAUAUUAUAUGCGUAUUAAUUAAUCGUCGAUUCAACAAGGAACUGUCAAAUAUAUCAAA